AUGAUAAUUUUAUUAGCCAUUAAAUAUUUAUUGGUAAACUUAUACUGUAAUAUGAAAUUUAUCUUAGUUUUAAGCUUAUUAGUCCUUGUCACAUCAGUUUUUGUUGAAGCAAGACCUGAAGGUGAUGAAUUUCUACUGCGAAAAAUGCUAUCGGAUACUACUGAUAAACUCAAAGUGUUAACAUUAAAACACUUAACAAUAUUUCGUAAUAAAGUUAAAAGUUAUUUCAAAGAAGAUGGUUUAGGUGAGAAAAUAACAGAAGUUUUAGUUAUUCUUAUUCAACGUCUCAAUAGACGCUUAGAAAAUUGUUUAAAAUCAUCUAAUUUAGAAUAA